AUGCCGCCCACUCCGCCCCUACAUCAGCGCCGACUCCGUGGCACCCAGACGUCCAAGGCUUGCGAUUCCUGCAAGGCCCGCAAGAUCCGCUGUUCCGGCUGUCCUGCCCCUUGCCAAAGCUGCAAUCUUCGGGGAGACACUUGUCGAUUCGGAACGCGCAAGAUCCCGCUCAGAAAGAACGAAGUCAACAAGUCUUUGCUUCUGAGUGCAGCAACGCCUGUUGAGACAGAAUCAAAGAAACCGAGCAUCCUUUGCGAAACUCCAGCCACCGUUCAACCUCCUGAAAACAAAGAAGCCCUACAAACUACACACAAUGACCUUCUCAUUGAUCACAUCCUAUUUGGAUCUCCGCCGACUGAUGUGCCCAAUGCAGAGCAACGCUUUUCUCUUAAGGCAAGGCAUUGGCCUGCUUAUGUAACCUUCUUCUCUGACAGCAGACUAGAAAUGCUAUCUGUUAAACUCCAAAACACCAAGGUCGACGAUCUUAUCCGAAGGAUUUCAUCAAUUAUUAACAACAAGGUCAAACCGACGAGUAGUACCUCUACUACACACUUGCUUGAGCAAAGUGCAUCGUCGCUCAACACCUCGUUCGCUACACACAAGCUCACUGUCAAUAUCUCAGCAUAUUAUGAACAAGUUCAUCCAAUAUUUCCCCAUCUUGACCGUUCAUCAUUCGACUCGACUGUUUCUUCUGGCAAUCUCAGCAAUAUCUUAGUUGCCGACCCGGCCUUCUCCGCCCUCUACCACUCAGUCGUUGCCCUUGGGUGCUUACAUGAUGGCGGUGGUAGUUUCGAACCCGGUAAGGGAAAGGCCUGGGAGCUGUUCUCGGUGGCAUUAGCCCAGCUCCCCAGUCUACCAAGAUCAUCAAACUCGCUUGUAACCCUCCAAGCCAUGGCCACCGCUGCAGUUUAUGCGCUGGGAAUCCCGUGCCUUUCGAUUGAGGAGAGAAUCCUGACCGACACGGCUCGUAUGGCCCAGGAUCUGGCACCUAUCCUUUCUAAGGGCCCCUCCGCCAAAGUAUUUCACCGGACAUUUUGGGUCAUUUAUGCCAUUGAGAAAACUUCGAGCUUUCACUUUGGACGUAGCUCGGCCAUCAAUGACGCCAAUAUCGUGGUACCUAUACCUCAUGUGCCAGAGUCCAACUUUGGAAGCUUCAACUGGGUUCUUACCAUGUCCCGCCACUGUCGUUUGUUAUCACGGGCGAUGAAUACUUUGUUCUGCCCAGGUAUCUGUCAGAAAGAAGCGCACUACUUUGUCACUACCAUCGCCCAACUUCAACAAGAUCUCGAACAGUGGAGGAUGUCUAUACCACAUGAUCUUCGGCCAGGGCCUUCGUACCAAUACCAUACUUUACGUCAACCCCUUAAAGGCUCCUUAGGGAUCUGGCUGAACUAUCUCUACUACAGCCUUCGGCUUAUUUUAUUACGAAGUAGGCUACAAAUUAACGACCCUGCGGACAAUGACUUGACAAGAGCAGAAUGUAGAGAUCAACUGAUUGACGUUUCUCGAUCUAUUCUCGAGAUGGUCACAUACGUUGACGUUGCGCCUUCUACGCCUUUAUGGAUACUAGCAGGCAUUCCACUGUGUGCUCUUUUUGUACUGUUUGACCAGGUCAUCAGCAACCCCAGAUCGCCAGACACAAGAAGUAACCUGGCACUCCUCGAUAUUGCGGGAGGUCAUUUCGGGCGAAUCGAUUUUACAAGUGGAGGCUCACUACCUGCCUCUCUUAUAAGCGAGUUCACAUAUGUCGCCCGCGAGUAUAUCAACCAGUUGGCAACUUAUGAUCUACUAAAGGGGCCACAGAGCUCGUUCCAAUUAGCCAAUCAAGCCAGCAGGCCACCAGUCACUGAACCAAUCAGUGUCCCUUCGGUCCCUAGCCAGGCUGAUGGGCAAAAGAUAGGAUCUAUUACUCGAUAA